AUGGGCUCCGCGCUAGUGGCUGCCAAGAAGCAGUUGCGGUCUGUCAUGAGGGACAGGCUAGCUGGCGUAGCUCAUGAGUCUAUCAACAUACAAAGCCGGACUGUCUGCGAAACUCUGAAGACAUUUAAACCUUAUGUGGAGGCACAGAGGGUCAGUGUUUUCCUCUCCAUGUCGUCCGGCGAGAUACAGACGGACGGCAUUGUGCGCCAUGCCUUGUCAUCCGGAAAGCAAGUUUACGUCCCGUAUCUUCACAAAUCACCUUUUCCUUCCGAGGAGACGCCGCCCAGGGUCAUGGACAUGGUCCGUUUGCGCGAUCUUCAAGACUACGAGUCGCUGCAGCCGGACAAAUGGGGCAUUCCCAGCAUUGACCCGGCCACCAUCGACCAGAGACAACGCGUCCUGGGUGAGCAUGGAGCCGAAUCCCCAGAAUCCUCUUUCUUGGACCUUAUGCUGCUCCCAGGAGUUGCUUUUGACAUUGACCCCCAGUCAGGUUCGCUGCGAAGACUAGGCCAUGGCAAGGGAUUUUAUGACCUCUUUAUUCGACGUUACGCUGCAAAGUACAACAACAUUUCGUCAGUAGCGACAAAGCCUCUGAUGCUCUUUGGCCUGGCUCUAUCGGAGCAAUUUCUCUCCCAGCCGUCAGAUAGCACAGUUCCCGUCGCACAACACGACCAGCCGCUCGAUGGCGUGGUCCUCGGCAGCGGGGAGGUUAGGAGGCCGGCGGAAAGCUUCAAAAACCGCUGA